AUGGUCGCAGCCAGGAAUCUAAUGGCUUCCUUCGCUGUCUUCUCUCUCUUCUUCCUCCUCCUCCAAGCUCUCCUCUUACUGCCAUCUUCCGCCGCUUCGAGCUCCAACCUCUUCAGGGAGUACAUCGGUGCCCUAUUCAACGGCGUCCGCUUCUCCGACGUCCCCGUCGACCCCGGCGUACAGUUCCACUUCAUCCUCGCCUUCGCCAUCGACUACACCUCCGUCGGCUCCCCCUCCCCCACCAAUGGCAAGUUCAACAUCUUCUGGGACAGCCAGAACCUGACCCCCGCGCGUGCCGCCGCCAUCAAGAGCAGCCACCCGAACGUGCGCCUCGCGGUCAGCCUCGGUGGCGACACCGUCAGCGGCCGCUUCGCCAACUUCACCCCUUCCUCUAUCGACUCCUGGGUCGACAACGCCGUCGCUUCCCUCACCGGCAUCAUCAAGCAGUACCACCUGGACGGCAUCGACGUCGACUACGAGCACUUCGAGGCCGACCCCGACACCUUCGCGGAGUGCGUAGGGCGGCUGGUGACGAGGCUGAAGCGGAGCGGAGUCAUAUCCUUCGCCUCCAUCGCGCCCUUCGACGACGAUGACGUGCAGCGGCAUUACUUGGCUCUGUGGAAGAAGUAUGGGCAGGUCAUCGACUACGUCAACUUCCAGUUCUAUGCGUAUGACGCGAGGACGACGGUGUCUCAGUUUCUGAGCCACUUCGAUCAGCAGAAGUCCAACUACAGGGGAGGAAGAAUCCUCGCAAGUAUCUCAACUGAGAAGAACCCCGGCGGUCUGUCACCGCAGAAUGGAUUCUUCAGGGCAUGUAGAACUCUCAAGAAUCAAGACAAGCUCGGUGGCAUCUUCAUCUGGGCUGCAGACUCUUCCAAGAGCGAUGGUUUCAGGUACGAGAAGCAGGCGCAGAGCCUGUUGUCAGUCUCCAGUUGAUCGAACCUCCAUGAUCUGUGGUUGUAGUGCUUGUGUUCUUGGUGUUCUUCACCAGAAUAAUUCUUCACUUCAUCAGUCGAGUGGCAACUCUGUAUCUUUACUACAAUAAUGAAAUCACCCGUUGGUUUGGUUCGUCUAAAA